UCUCGUGAAGAGCUUUUGUUCAUUUCCCCCCACCCAUUGUUGAUGUUCUGCAACUCAACCCCUCCUAGUUCGGCAUCCACGGAUCCUCCGUGGUAAAUAAUUUCUCUUUGAGACUCAGUUUUCAGUACCGGUGAGAUAAUAUGGCUUACGCAUCAUUCAAACCCAUCUCACUUCCUCCAUCAACAAAUACAUUCAAUCCAAUCCCUCGUUCCCAAACCCUUCUUAGAUGCUGUAGUAAUACUAAAACCCUAAAAAUCACAUCCGAACCCAAACCAGUCUUCGAUUCUUUAAGAACUUUUGCACCAGCAACAGUAGCAAAUUUAGGUCCAGGGUUUGAUUUUCUUGGUUGUGCUGUUGAUGGGAUUGGUGAUUAUGUUACUCUAUCAAUUGAUUCAAAUGUACAACCAGGUGAAAUUCAGAUAUCAUCUAUUAAUGGUUGUUCAAAAUUGAGUAAGAACCCAUUGUGGAAUUGUGCUGGAAUUGCAGCAAUUUCAGUUAUGAAGAUGCUAGGGAUUAAAUCUGUGGGUCUUUCUUUAUCUCUUGAAAAGGGAUUGCCUUUAGGUAGUGGUCUUGGUUCAAGUGCUGCUAGUGCCGCUGCUGCUGCAGUUGCAGUUAAUGAGAUUUUUGGGGGAAAGUUGGAUUUUUCUGAUCUUGUUUUAGCUGGACUUGAUUCAGAAGCUAAAAUAUCUGGUUAUCAUGCUGAUAACAUAGCACCAGCAAUAAUGGGUGGAUUUGUUUUGGUUCAGAAUUACAAUCCGUUGAAUGUAGUUAAACUGCCAUUUCCGAGUGACAAAGAUUUAUUUUUUGUUCUUGUCAAUCCAGAAUUUGAAGCCCCGACUAAGAAAAUGAGAGCAGUAUUGCCUGCUCAUAUUACAUUGGAGGAUCAUACCUGGAAUUCGAGUCAAGCUGGCGCGUUGGUAGCUGGAAUUCUUCAAGGGGAUUUGGAGAUGUUGGGUUUAGCAUUAUCGUCUGAUAAGAUUGUUGAACCCAACCGAGCACCAUUGAUUCCUGGUAUGGUUGCUGUGAAGAAAGCAGCUAUUGAUGCUGGUGCUUUUGGGUGUACUAUUAGCGGGGCAGGACCGACUGCGGUUGCCAUAAUGGAUAAUGCAGAAAGCGGAGUGGAAAUUGGAGUGAAAAUGGUGGAAGCCUUUAUGAAACAAGGGAGUUUGAAGGCUUCAGCUGUGGUCAGUAGUCUUGAUAGAGUUGGCGCUAGGGUUGUUAGUAGUAUCACUAGAUGAUGGGUUUGAGCAAUUUUGUAAUUGUGAUCAAUUUUUUGAAUAUUUGCAGCAUUUUGCUAGCUAAUUGGUAUUUCACGAUUGAGACUAGGGUUUUAAUUUAUGUUCUUAGUGUAGUUCAGGUUUAUUGUCUCAUUGAAUUUAGAGCAAUGUUAACCCUGUCUGGUA